AUGACUGUGGGACCAUUCCGACUGCAGGUCCUUGGCGUCGAAAGCUUGGCAGUGGUCUCGCUUCCCGGCAAGGGCGGAGAGGCCCUGGAUUGGCUGGCCACUGCCUUGCCAGCAGCACGGAAUGCUGGCGGAGCUAAGGGAGGCUGCGCCGCUCUCAGCGCAGGCGGCUGCAAUUCCACAGCGGUGGUGGUACCGGAGUCGGCAUUGCGUGCAGUCGCCCCACCGCCCGGAGCAAACGUUGACACGCCUUGGGCUGCUUUGGAAGUCUCCUUCGCGAAAAGGGCUGUGUCGGAUGCUCUGGUGCUGGCCUCACUGGCUCCAGUUCUGUCAUCGGCGAAGGUAAGAUGGCGUGCGCUGCCAGCCGCUCAGGCACCCUGCUUGCUCCUUAUCAGAGAGGAAGAUCUUUCUGCAGCCGGUGUGGCACUUGUUCGCGCUGGGCAUGCCAUCGGCCCGGCCGCCCGCGUGUGCCCUCCAAGACCUCAAGAGGACACUGCAGCAUCUGGCAAGAAUGCUGAGCACGUGGGAGCUUGGACCCUGACUCGUCGAGAGGAGCCCGUGGGCAAGACCGUCGAGGAGCCUGAUGAGAAAGGUCCCUUGCGCUUGCAGGCACCGUCUGGAGUCUAUGUGGAGGUGCGGCUUCCUCAGGAGGGGGCAAAGGAGCAGGCCUCCUGUGCAGGGAUCCACUCCGUCGUCGAGGUCAGCGGAGGUCGCCAGAUGAGUGUGCGGCAUCGUGUGGUCGAUUUCCGGCCACCUACGGGGCGGGUUCUUUGCACACAGGUGAAGUUUGACAAGGAGGUCAUGGCUGCAGAGUUGAGUUAUCCUCACGGCCGUUUCCGUGAUGAGUACAUUGAAGCCUGGUCUCGUAUUCAUUCGGGUCCGAUGGCAGCGUUGGAGUUGAUAUCCGAAGAGCCUUCUGUGGGACCUUCGCGGACAGGUUAUUGGAUCUUCUGCGGCAGCCGCUUCGGGCGUGUGAUUGGCCUGCCUGUUGGCCAGGGAAUCGCCUCUGGCACCUGCUGCGGAUCUCUGGAGCAGCUUGAAGUAUGUUUGGGUGGCGCUUCUGCAAGGGAGGAGCUGCAUACACGCUACGAGGCUGUUUGGGGCGACAUCGAGCGACCAGGGAGGCUGCGAAUCCGCGAGGAGGUUUGGUCCAAGAGCAAGUCCGGCGAUUUGAUCUACGACCAGGCGACUGGCGUUGGUGGCACUCUCACCUUUGGUCCGAGCGAGGUGCUGCACUGCUUGCCGAACGGCGUCAAGCAGCGAUGGCGCAUCCGUGACUGGGGAUUCGAUCCCUUCCGACCCGGUGGACCGUUGCCUGCGCCUCUGUGA